GUUAGUUGUGUGUGUGUCUUUGGAAGGUGUGCAAGUAUACAGAUUGGCUGUGAUCAACAUGGUUAUUCUGGAUACAGUCGCCUUCUGUUAAUGAGUGACAGUGUUAUCAAUGGAGUAUUUCUCAGGAACAUGAAAUACAAGUGUGUUGGAAUUCCCGAUUUAAAUGUGUCUUAUGGUUUUAAAUGGAUGAUUGGUCCUGUACUACAGCUAAGGUAAAAAUGAAUGGGCUGAACUCUAGUUGUAGUCAGAAUGGAAGUGCAAUGAAGGGAAAUGGCAGUAAUAUACCUGCAUUACGAAUACAGCCCGACACUCCUGUACCACCAUCAUGUGGAACCACGCCCAUUCCUCCCCUGGGGCAGGACAAGACAAACGUCCAGCUACCGGCCCUGUCUACAACACGCAAUGUUGUGAAUCAGGGUAAACCUUCACAGAAUGGAGUUACGCCACGAGGCAUGGGCCAUCACCAAGCUAGUAGCUUCUUCCACAACCGCCAUAUCAAGUCAGAUUUGAAUGGAAUGAUGGGGCCUAUGUGUAUGGGGAUCAAUCCACGCAACCGUUCUAUGGGGCAUCAGAUCCAGCCAUCAAACCAAGGUGUACAGCAACAGAGUCAAAAUCUACACAUCCCUAACCGGCUGGAGACGUCCACCCCUACGCCCAGUGAAGUCUCAAGUAUCAGGUCAACACCACGACCGUCUGCACAGACUCCAACCUUGACAGAGCGUGUGACAACGCCAUCCUUCAAUGGGAAUGACAAACAUGUUUUCCUAGAGCCAUUCCCGGUCACUAAGAGUGAGUGGAACCCUUACAAGCCUUUACCCCAUGUCCAUAAUGGUAGCAAUGGCACCUCUGUAACUACAGCCAGUGAAAUGGACCGCCAAUCCAACUGUUCUAACGGCAUGAUCCCAAGUGCUACCUGCUCUUUAUCACCUUACCAACACAUGGAGACAUCGCCCUCCGGUUCCAAUUUUACGUCCAGUCCUCGUAACUCGGCACAUGUACGGAUGCAUGGAACAAAGCGUGCCCUGUCCAUCUCCCCGAUUGGCUCUGAUGGAGUGGACCUGUACUCCCUUAUAAGGACAUCUCCCACUUCGUUGGUGGCAUAUAUUAAUGGAUCACGUAGCUCAUCCACAAGUGUGUCACCACAGCCGGGUGUCCAGCCUGGCCACUUUGGUCAUUUAAUUGCACACAGGAGCAACAGAGGCGGUAGUUCUGGUAGCCCCUACUCCAACUCUGGGUCAUCCAGACCCAGACACAGCUUUACCCCACACAGUGGUUUCAAACGUGAGCCUGAGUUUGGCAUCAAUGAGAACCUGUCUGACAUAUUCCCUGACAUCGUCAGUAACCAGGUUGUGGUACAACAGAGUGAUGUCACCUCCUUUGAGCAACGAGCAAUGGAGGAUAUGCGUUAUUCUCAAAUGAAUAAUUUUGCACAUCAUCAGCAUAACAGCCAGCCUAACAACACUACAUCGGGCACCAACAUCAGCAGUAACUUGGCUGUGGUUGGCCGUCCACCCCCACCCUAUGAACAAGCUGUUCAGAACCCUGCCGGGCCAACCCCAACCUCCCAACAACAACAGAUGCCACAUAUGCCAACAACACAACACCACCACAUGCACUCAUCACCACCUCAGCAACAACAACAACAUGUAACACAGCCUCUCCAACAACACAACUUCCAGCACAACAAUAUGGCACCACAAGUGGCUCCAGCCCUACAACCACUUCCAGCACUACAACCACUGUCCCAGCUGAACACCAACACUAAUAAUAUGGUGAACAACAGUAACAUUAUCAAUGAGAAUAACUAUCUGAACAGUGACAUGUGUGAAGAUGGAGAACUUGAUGAGAAUGGCGAGAAACAGAACAUGUGUAGGUGGAUAGACUGUAAUCUUAUGUUUAAGGAACAGGAUGAACUUGUUCGUCAUAUAGAAAAGGCCCACAUUGACCAGAGAAAGGGUGAGGACUUUACAUGCUUCUGGUCUGGGUGUCAGCGCCGGUAUAAACCCUUCAAUGCCAGAUACAAGCUACUGAUUCAUAUGAGGGUACAUUCCGGGGAGAAACCAAACAAAUGUACAUUUGAGGGAUGUAACAAAGCAUUUUCACGUCUAGAGAACCUGAAGAUCCAUCUGAGGUCGCAUACAGGGGAGAGGCCAUAUGUAUGUACACAUAUAGGAUGUACAAAAGCCUUCAGCAACUCCUCAGACAGGGCCAAACAUCAACGAACACACCUCGAUACGAAACCGUAUGCGUGCCAGGUAGCUGGCUGUAACAAGAGAUACACUGAUCCCAGUUCUUUGCGCAAACAUGUCAAGAAUCACAAUCAAAAGGACCCACAGAUAAAAAAGAAGAUGAAGAAGGAAGGAGAUUCAAUGGCGGGACAUGGCAUGUUGUCCAACUGUUUAACGGUACAACAAUUACAUGUGGACAGCACACAGACGGAACCACAGGAAACAAGACAGGGUGUCACUGGGCCCACCACCGACCUCUACACUAUUGGUUUGUCGGACCAUUCUCCGGGUCCAGUUACCAUGGGAAGUCCAAUGCCAAACUCCAACCUGAGUGUAGUGGAGGAGGAACAAUUUGGAACCUAUUCUCCUGUACCACCACCAACACAGUUUAUGAGUAAACGACCAUACCCAUCCAUCCGUCCUCCUGGCUUGCCUGCUAGUAUGCGCCAGAAUAUGGCCCAAGCAUACCAUGAUCCGGUGCAGCAACAAUAUCUGGAUCACAUGAGUGAUAUCUACGAUAAUAACAGCGGGAACCUCAAUUCAUACCAACAUGGUGGAAUGGAUAUUCAGAGGGCAAAUUCAGGCUACAUAGAUUUCCCAGAGGACUAUAUUGCCAUGCCUUGUGCUGCAGAGGACGCGCAGGCCAAGCAGUACCUCCAACACACAGCCAUCCACCGCUGCAACAGUAGAGUCAGCGCCAUUUAUGCCGAUGGGACUAACUGAGACCCCUUAGCUUUAUAGGAGUGUGGCACUAGUGCAUAUAUAGCCAUGUUAUAGAUGAAGGUCAUGGAGUAACAACCAAUCAAAAAAAUGUGCACAGAUUUUAAAAGCUACAGACUUUUUAGUAGUCAUCUUUAUUGCUAUGUAUUAAAUAUAAAGAACUGUGAUAUCAUUGUGAUUAUUAGAAAGAAAUCUUUAACACGAUUAGGGCUGUUAAUUAGUGAUUCAGUCAAAAUUAGAACAAUUAUGAGUAUGUGAUUUGUCAGAAACAUAUUUCACAGAAUCCUACGGCUGGCCAAGUAUUGUGAACAUUUUACCAGGUGACUGGGCCCAGCCCUGGAGUCAACUGGUCAAGGAUUCGUCAUCCAUACAAGAUGUGAAUAAGACAAGGGACCACUUUUUCACUUGCAGAUGAAACAUGGAAUUACCAUGUUUUGUGUUUUUCAAGGAAAUUAUGAAGAACAUCUUGACUGGUUCUAUAUGAUUGAUGAAAACAAGAAAAAAAUAGUGAAAUGUAUAAAGAUUUUGCAGGUUAGAGAUAUAUACUUUGUGAACUAUAACUGUAUAUGGUUUUUGUCACAGUCUAUUUACAAAACAUUCCACUCAUAUUCUGAUAAGUUAUAUCAUUGUGCCAUAUGGUGUAUAAAUGUUAAAAUCAUGUCUUUAGUUAUAUCAUAUCUCCUUCAUAUCUUUAUUUAUCUUCACUGCAGCAAAUACACAACUGUUUAGAAAAAUUACUGAUCAUUCCGAAAUUAACCAAAAUUGUAUACGCAAUUUAUUUUAUAUUUGUGACUGAAAUCCUUAGAUUAAUUGAUAUCUAAGUUAAUCAGUAGAAAGUCUUCUCAUGAUGCAGUAUUCAUUUAAAACUUUGCCAAAAUAUUUAUUAUUUAUUUGUAAUUUGAACAUAAUGUGAUACUGUAUCAUUAAGUACCCCAGCUCCCACAACUUACAGCAAUGAGAGCGGACUGGUCAUACCUCCCUGGUGUGGCUCGAAAGUCAGCUAUAUCCAAGCCAAAAUCAUGUUUUUAUCAGAAAUAUAUUCAUUAUAUGAUGAAUAAGUGCACCAGCAUAUCUUAGAAACAAUGUUUUUAUACAGCAAGCACUUAUAUUUUGAUGAAGAUAUGAGAUAUCUAAAGAAAUAGCAAGCUAGGUAAUAGUUUUGAGCAGCAAGUAAAAAUAGGUAAAUAUUUUAGAAUAUCAAAUAGAGGUAUGGAGAAUGUAAAGGGCUCUUCAUCCAACUAGCAGGAUAUUUGCAGCAAUAUCUUUUAUUCAUUUACUUUGUACUUUUGUUUUGAAAGUGAAUCAUCAGUUAAAUGUUUUUUUUGUGUUUAAGUAACUACACAGAAUCCUUAAAGGGUUUCUUAAACAUUUUUCAAGCAUACGCCAAGAAUAUUUCUCUCUAUAGCAACUUUGGUCCUUUUCAGCAAUUUAAAUUACAGCAUUACAUUUGGUACUUGUUUCAAUGUAGUUAGUUAUACAUGAUUUAUAGAGAUAAUCAAAAGGCUGUCCUAUAUGGUCUGUAAAUUCCGUCCGUCAUUGUUUAGCUGUUAUAACAUUCCACUAUAUGUUGUGUAUUCUUUAUGGAAAUUCCAGACCUUCACCUGUACAAUCCUGAUCAUUUAGGAGCUUGUCUAACAGGCAGGUCAGAUGGUUAAAAAGUUCUUGACCUUGACUCAUAUGAUCAGGGUCAAUUUGAGGCUGAUUCUAAAGGUAGGUCAGUGGGUAAAAGAGAAUUCCUUGACCUUUAUGAUCCUUAUCAAUUAGGAGCUUGUCUAUUAGGAAUGUUUGGCGGCUAAAAGAAUUGCUGACCUUAGCCUCUAUGGUCCUGAUCAGAAGGUUUAGAAAAUAUAUAUUUAAAACAAAGGCAGUGAUUGUACUUUAUAUUCCAUUGCUUACUUAUAAACUAUGGUGACUGUUGGAUUAUAUAUAGUAAGCUUUGAGCUGCAGUUGACUGAAGCUAUCAAGUGGUGAUAUAUACAGAUUAUAUAUAGUAAGCUUGAAGCUAAAGUUGACUGUAGCUAUCCAGUGGUGAACUAUACAGAUUAUAUAUAGUAAGCUUUGAGCUGCAGUUGACUGUAGCUAUCAAGUGGUGAUAUAUACAGAUUAUAUAUAGUAAGCUUGAAGCUAAAGUUGACUGUAGCUAUCCAGUGGUGAACUAUAUGGAUUAUAUAUAGUAAGCUUGAAGGUAUAGUUGACUAUAGCUAUCAAGUGGUGAUAUAUACAGAUUAUAUAUAGUAAGCUUGAAGCUAAAGUUGACUGUAGCUAUCAAGUGGUGAUAUAUACAGAUUAUAUAUAGUAAGCUUGAAGCUAAAGUUGACUGUAGCUAUCAAGUGGUGAUAUAUACAGAUUAUAUAUAGUAAGCUUUGAGCUAAAGUUGACUGUAGCUAUCAAGUGGUGAUAUAUACAGAUUAUAUAUAGUAAGCUUGAAGCUAAAGUUGACUGUAGCUAUCAAGUGGUGAUAUAUACAGAUUAUAUAUAGUAAGCUUGAAGCUAAAGUUGACUGAAGCUAUCAAGUGGUGAUAUAUACAGAUUAUAUAUAGUAAGCUUGAAGCUAAAGUUGACUGUAGCUAUCAAGUGGUCAACUAUACAGAUUGGUGCAGUGAAGUUUUAUAAUAUUACAUGUUAUUUUUAUGUUGCAUUUUGAGAUAUUUAUUCACGUUUUUGUAUAUAACACAGCACUCUAUCAUUAUUGUUGUUUUUUGUUUACUUUGGGUGCACACAUUUUAGAUCACACCUGUAUAUAUUUCCACUGUUAUCCCGUCAAGCUGUGAUGUUUUCCUUUCGCCUGUUUUCAUUGGCUGAUAUACUGGGAAACUCAAUCUGGAAAAGAUACAUUAAUACAGUGUACAUUGUAGUUAACAAAGAUCCAACUUUUCUCUUGGCCAUUAUAUUUAUUGUCAGUUAGUGUUGUAUGGGUCCAGAACACAAGAUACCAGUAUUGGAGAGUUUUGGGGAAGUUGUAUUACUUCAUCUUUUGCAAUGUUAUUGCUAAUGAAAAUGAUUAUAUAUGUGGAGAUUUAUGAUGAUGUGAAACUCAUUUUGGACAGAAAUUGAUCAUUAUUAAUCAAUAAUGAUAAGAUUUGUAAAUCCUGCAUGAGCUGUAUACAUACAUAUUGCCAUGUGAGGUUUUUCGGCUCUGAAAGACAAGAAAAAUAUCAUGCAAAAUACACGUACACUAAUUUAUUAUGUUUGCAGAAGUUUCAUUGUUGAUUUGCAUAUUUUAUUUUUCAAAUUAAAGCAAUUUCAGUGUCCAAAAACUUGCAUAUCAAAGGUGAGAGGAGAAAAAUAGACUAAAAAGAUAAAUUUGUCAUUUAUAAUGAUAAAAUAAGAUCAAACUAAUUAGAGUUAAGUAAAUGAUUAGUAGAUAUUAGAUUUGUAACCAUCUUUAUUUGCUGUCAAUAUGGGAAGACUUAACCAAGAGACAGUGACAUUGUGCUGGACAUUAUAUGGUACAUUUAGAUGGAAUUUAAGUGCUUACUUUAUUAUAUUAUAUUUUUAUUUAGUUUUUAAAUCUUAUGUGAUCAUGAAAUUCCAGUCCUACAGGUUUAAAUUCCUGUAUUGGUUAAUCAAAUAUGAGUUAUUGUGAUCCGUCCACUCCUAAUUGUUUUAUAUUAUAAUGCUUUGGUACCAGUACUGUUUUAACAACAGAAUGCUGGACUGUAUAUAUGUAUAUAUUUGUCAAAUAUUUAAUUAUCGACUUUCUGAAAUCAAACUGUUGGUAUAUUUCACCAUCUGUAGGUGUUAAUUGAUUUUUUUUAAAGAAGACACAAUUAAUCUCCAUCAUUCCUGGUGAUUUAAAGAAGACACAAUUAAUCUCCAUCAUUCCUGGUGAUUUAAAGAAGACACAAUUAAUCUCCAUCAUUCCUGGUGAAGUAUCCACCUAUAUGAGACAAACAUUUCAGCUCCCCAUUGCAAUUAUUUUCAUUCUAACAGAGCCUGUCUAAAGAGACUGUCUCUCAUGGGAGACGCCUAUCUGUUCGUUUAGGUGUCUCUCACGGGAGACCCCUAUCUGUUCCUUUAGGUGUCUCUCAUGGGAGACCCCUAUCUGUUCCUUUAGGGGGUCUUUAAACACUAACUGAAGAAUGGUAUUGAUAAAGUAACAUUUCUUUGUUAUUGCACAAGAAAAUACGCACAAUCAUGUAGACGAUAUUGGUCAUUGUGUUCUACUAUACAGAAAAAAGCAUAAAGGUAUGCAUCUAUUUUUACAUUAACAAAACAGAUGACCAGUAUUUCAAGAAAAAGUAAACAUUUGCAUCCAACAAAGUUUGAGAUUGGGAGUGCGAGUAGAAUAUCUGACAAAUUUCGUCUGUGACAGAUUAUAAUAUAACUUCUGAUGAAUUCUGUGACAGAUUAUAAUAUAACUUCUGAUGAAUUCUGUGACAGAUAGGGAGUUCUAGUACAAACAUCUGAUGAAAUCUGUGAUAGAUUGGGAGUUUACAAACAUCUGAUAAACUCUGUGACAGAUUGGGAGUUUAUGAAUAUCUGAUGAAAUCUGCGACAGAUUGGGAGUUCUAGUACAAACAUCUGAUGAAAUCUGUGACAGAUUGGGAGUUUGAGUACAAACAUCUGAUGAACUCUGUGACGGAUUGGGAGUUUGAUUACAAACAUCUGAUGAACUCUGUGACAGAUUGGGAGUUUGAUUACAAACAUCUGAUGAAAUCUGUGACAGAUUGGGAGUUUGAUUACAAACAUCUGAUGAACUCUGUGACAGAUUGGGAGUUUAUGAACAUUUGGUAGUUUUAUAAACAUGCAGACAUUGAAGACCUCCUUCCAGCCAAUUUAUUUAGAAAUGAAUACUAUAGUGUCAUAUUUUUAAAAAAUAUCUUUCGUGUGACAUCAAUUUUCUUUUUCCUAUCUAAGGAAAAUGAAAUAUUUGAUUAAAUUACCUGGGAAGGAAGUCUUUUGGAUGUCGAGGUUUCGUGGAAUACACCAGGAGUUGAGGUGUUUAUGUUAUACAACUCAGUCCCAUUUACAUUUAGUAUUAUUUCAGCAAGUUGUGAUAUUUUUUUAAAAUGUAUUUAGCAAAGUAAACAAAUCCGUCCACAUUUUAUUUAAUUUUAAGUUAAAGGCCAAACAUCAUUCAUUUAAUAUUAAGGAUGUAUUUGUAAAAAGUAAAUGUUUUUGUACUAGAUGAAAAAAGGAGAAUGCCAUUUUUUAACGACACCUACCUUGGGUACAGGUAGAGAAAUUCCAACAGUUAUAUGUCUAUCAUUAUUUCCUUUUGUCAUCUUUGUUUAAGGAUUAGUACAUGCUACAAUCAAACUAUGUAACUUACCUGUGUAUUUCACCCUCCACAUAGCCGUUCAAUCAACUAGGAUUGUAAAGUGUGACUUAGGCCGCAUCCGUAUUAAUCCUGCUUUUAGAAUGUUUGAAAUGCAUAGUCCAAAGGAAAACACCCUUUUUAUAUAAAAACUGACCUCUGAUUCCACUCUUUUCUUCAACUUCCUUCUCUUUUCUUUUUUUUUUAAAUUCCUCCUGUUUCCUCUUUUCCCCGACAAAUCUUACCGUUUUGGCCCUGUUUGAAAAGCAGUAAAACCCCAUUCAGUGUUAUGGUUGUUGCUAUAGAAUUUGGGCUGGAGGGGUGGAUUUUUUUUUUUUCAUCUUUCUUAUGAAUGGAACAAUAAUUCCACCAACUUUGUGUCGGCUACUUUGUCCUAUGGGGACCUGUAUCGAAGGCUGUCGUGUUUAACAAUAGUAUUUAAUGAUAUUUGGAAGAUGAAGUCUUCACACAGCAGCAAUGCCUAAUAUCUUCAUGCUUUGUUUUGAUUGAUGUUGUUAAGUAAAACGUACCUCUUAAUCAAAUUUUUGGACAAUUUAAACAGGUUUUUAAUUUGAUGUUAAGUUGUUAUUCUAAGUUAAGUAUAAGUAAUUUUGUUAUUUCUUGUCUUAAAUGAUGCUGAUGUUUUCAGCUGGCAACUGUUCAACUACUACGGAUACUUGCUCUUAUUUAGACAACUUGUGUUGUCUUUGUUGAGCAAUGUUCAGUGCACAAUUUGAAUUGAUUGUGGUUGCCAGGCGAUAGUGCCUUACCUGAUAGGUUUGUAUGGCUGUCCAGUUGGUACGGAAUAUUAUCAGCUAUAAUGUACAGAGUCUGUGUACUGGGAUUUUGUUAAUCAUUGUUCAUUAAAUGGUCUUGGAACAAUA